CACUACUAUGCAAAUUCCACUCAUCAGCAGUCGUACGUAAACAUGUGGAGUGUUGUGUAGCUAUAUAAAGAUGGUGUAAGAUAACUUGCUCUUAUUUUAAAAACAUUACUUGAAAUGUUAUUAGUUAAUAGUACUUAAGAAGGAACAAGUACUUAAUAAUUUUAAAAAUGAUACCUGGCUACGGCGCAGUGACUCAAGCCCUUUUAGGGACCCUCUUCACGUGGGGUCUUACAGCUGUAGGCGCCGGUUGUGUAUUUUUUAUCAGAGGGAAACACAGGAAGUUACUUGAUGUAUCUCUUGGAUUUGCUGCGGGAGUUAUGACUGCAGCAUCGUACUGGUCUCUACUAGAGCCUGCUAUAGAAAUGUGUAAAACCUCUGGAACCUAUGGAGAAGAAGGCCAGUAUGCAUUCGUUCCAGUUGCAGCGGGAUUUUUAUUUGGAGCCGUUUUUGUGUUUGGAACAGAUAAAUUUUUGGAUUAUUUGGGCAUCAAUUCAACGAAUAUGAUGAUAACUAUAACAAAGAGCAAAGAUUCAAAAGAGAAGUUGGAAGAUUUGGAGAUGAUGACGGCACUGAACCAGCGGCCGUCGAACCCGACGAGCGUGGUGACGUUGGAACAGCCGGUGGAGUUCGCAGACUGUAUCAGCAAUCAGCACACCGCGCAGCGCAGGAGACCCCACCACCAUUCUCAUCUCUCAUUGAAAGGGGGCGAGGGUGACGUGGACGAGCGACGCGACAGCGUGGCGCGCGCGCUGGAGGCGCGGCAGUCGCAGUGGAAGCGCAUAAUGCUGCUGGUGGUGGCCAUCACCGUGCACAACAUCCCUGAGGGCCUUGCUGUAGGAGUGUCUUUCGGCGCCGCCGCCUCCUCCGCUGAAGCAUCAUUCUACAGCGCGAGAAAUUUGGCGCUCGGCAUCGGGAUCCAGAAUUUCCCCGAAGGCCUCGCUGUUAGCUUACCUCUCCAAGCCGCAGGGUUUUCAGUAUGGAGAGCUUUUUGGUACGGGCAGCUAUCGGGCAUGGUGGAGCCUGUGUUCGGUGUGCUGGGCGCAGUGGCGGUGUCGGCGGCGCGGCCCGUGCUGCCCUAUGCGCUCGCCUUCGCCGCCGGCGCCAUGAUCUACGUGGUAGCGGACGACAUCAUUCCAGAAGCAAACGCAUCUGGUAAUGGUAAACUGGCGACAUGGGGCUGCAUUAUCGGCUUCGUAGUGAUGAUGUGUCUCGACGUGGGCCUCGGAUAAGACAGCUUUAGACAGACCCAACAUCACAGACCUCGCACCUACGACCAGCAGCGCGCAGCACCGGACAACCGUACAUUUACUUUACCAAAGUAUCAUAUUCCAUAUUAAAUAACCAAAUUGUAAAUAUGUAAAUGUGCUAGUUAAGGAUGUUAAGAUUUCUGGACAUGAAGUUUGUGUCAAAGCUACACGAAUACCUCUAAUCAAGUCGCACAAAGCGAGUUGCAAUGAGAUCGAUUGAAAACUGAUU